GUGCAUCUUUGGUACAGUCGACCUUGACCAGAAUCAACUGAUCGAUUCGACAACUGUCAAAAUUUUUGUUUUCCAAAACAAUGAAUUCUAACCAAAAACCAAAAUAAAGCGUAAAACUAAUGUAACGCAGACAAAUUAAUGAUGAAUUCGUUGUAUUUAUUGCUGCUGAUAUACUUGCACAACAACAACGCGGAUAAAAUAUCCAUAAACACCACAAAAGAUAGCGAAUUUGAAUGCCCUGACUUCUACAACAUUGAUAAUGGUACUGUUGAUGUGAGCUAUCAAGGUGAACAACUAUACGCAGUCGUUUCGUGCCUAAACGGCUUCGAUUUGGACGGUAUUUCGCAAAUUAGGUGCAUUAAUGGCAAAUGGGAUGACACUGUUCGACCAUCGUGCAUCAGACGGUGCAGACCUCCACCAUACAUAACCGAUGGGGCCCUAAAAAUCGAAGGCGAGAAAGACAGCAACGGUUACUACCACAAAAACGCUGUAGCAACGUAUUCCUGUCUUGAUGGCUUUACUUUGAUACCGUCUGAAUCCCAAUACCGAGUAUGUGAGAAAGGUAUUUGGACAGGCCCCAUUGCCAAAUGCAUGCUGAAAAAUUGCCCCAAGCCUGUCGAUAUUAAGAAUGGGUAUUACAUUGUGGAUAAUGAUGACCCAAAUGAGAAGAGGUAUUUUAUCGGGCAGAGAAUUCAUUACAAGUGUCAUUUGGGGUAUACUUUGCUCGGCUACAGCAGUUUGCAGUGUCUUCAGGGGGGGAAUUGGUCUCCAAAGGAUCCCCCAAGGUGUCAGUCCAGAAUUACAGAUUUUUCCAGCAAAGCAUCAUGUCACUACUUACCAUCGAUAGAACACACACAAACAACGGUUUUGGAAGGAUUCCAAUCCGAACCGUGGUUCCAUGGAACCAUCAUUGAAAUAAGCUGUGUGGGACGUUAUCGAAAUGUUAUAACACCAUGUCAACCGAGCCGACUGGAAUGCAACGAUGGAAAGUGGGAGGGAUCUAUCCCUAAAUGCGAAGUUGCACAUGAGUGCUACGCACCGCCCAUGGUACCGUACGCGCAGAUCAUCAACUUCGACUUUUUCGACUCGGAAAACCCCCCUGGAAAAUUUCCCAUAAAAUCGCAAAUCACUUAUCAAUGCUUGGAUAGUUACCAGCUGCAGGGGAAUGAGGUUUUGAAAUGCGAAGUGGGCGGGUGCUGGGCGCCCAAUAGGAUACCGGAAUGCAUGCCCUAUUAUAAAUGUUUCGGCAAGAACAACUUGCUAGCCAAAGUGGACGGUUUCAACGCUAUCAUUUGGUCCGCCAUCACCGGUGCCGGGGUGGUGGUGGUUCUGCUGAUCCUGUGUUGCGCCAUCAUGACCAAGAAAAAACGCCCGAUGACCAGAACGACCACGAACUCCCCUCCCGUUUUGAGGACCCAAAUCAGCGACCACGCUACCUUGCUGAACAACCCUGACCGAUUGGCGCUGAUUGCGUUUGCAGACGGCGUGCAAAGCCAGAACGAGGAUUCCCUUCCUUCUUACGACGAGGCAGUGCGCAGAGCGUCUGCGCACGCUAUUCCCGUCAGCAUGAUGCCUGGAUGUAGAUUGAGCAGACCGCAUUGGCCCAGUUUGGCCAACCGUAGAGCCAGAAAUUCCCCCAAUCCCGAUCUAACCAGUGUCACCAGGCAUGGAUCGUUUGCAUCUCAUUCUCCAAGUACCCGCUCUGGAGUCGACUCAAUGGGGUCCACAGAUACGGUGGCCAUUUCUGAGGGUUCAACCAAUAUAACUCUCGAUACAGCUUCUUCGCACAGUGGCUCGCAGCCGGGCUCUUGUAGGGUCCAUUGCGGCAGUUUGGCAUCUUUUGACACCUCGUCUGUAGUCAACACAGAAGAUGCCCCAUUGUUGGAAGAGAGCGAGUUGGAAGAAAUACAAGUAAACCUGGACAAUAUUUCAGCAGCGGACAAUUGUUCCUUCAAAUCCGCUGAUGUCCCAUAGAUUUAAUUCAGCCUACAUAGCGCAUAUAUUUUUAUUGUAUAGUGAGUUUAUUGAUGUUAAGACCAAAGAUUUAUGUAGUGAUAUAUUUGGCCAUUUUAAUCGUGAUUUACCUUAUAGAUGGUAUUUUUGAACCACUAGCAUAAUAUUCUUGAAAUAUGACUAAGAAGUUCGUAUUAUACAUAGGUUUGUUUCUACAAGAGUUUAAAAGGCCUAUUGCGCAGUUUGGGACAAACCUAUUAUUCUUAUUACCAAAGAAUCAGUUUCUUUUGAUUAUCACUAAUCUGUGUUAUUUUUUAAUGUUUGACGUUAUUUCUAUUCUAAUUGAUUUAAAUUUUAUUUUUAAGUUUUUUGUUGUGUGAAGAUAUUUAAGCAUUUUAAUUUGUG